AUGUCAUUUGAUGCAACAGCUUCGCUGAGUAUCUCCGAUCCAAAUGUCAAUGCCCUGAGUUCCUCUUGCUUCGACUUUCUUCUUAUUGAGCUGGUCCCAAUGGCUGAACGUCUAGCCAAGGAGCUUUCAACUAAGGAGAACGAACCGGAAGAUGAGGAGGGUGUCUACGUCCUGACUGAUAGUGCAUUUCGGCCUUUUGCCCGAAUGAGCCUGAAUGUGCGAGGCGAGGCUAUAUCGAUGGCGCAGGCGUACCUAUGGUUCCCCUGUGGGAUCAUUCGCGGUGCGUUGGCAAACCUGGGUAUCAAUACCACAGUUCAAGCGGAGACCUCGGAUCUUCCAGGAGCAACUUUCCAGAUCAAAACGGUUCAGGCCCGGCCAUGA